UGCAGGGUGCGCUCCAUCCACAGCCUCUCUCACUGUGUCGGACUGUCAUCCCUGGAGCAGUCGCCUGAAUCUCCGCCACCCUGUGCAGCGGACCUCCUCAGCUUUCAUCUGUUUUUUAGAGUUGUAGCAUGGAUACGAUUUAGGCUAACGCGUAAGACACCACCUAACAGUCAUUAGUUUCAUUUAAAGAAACCUCCUGAAGCUCUCCGAAGCCGAAGUCACAAUAAUGAUGGAGUACUGGAGGCAAUGCGCGCUGUGGCUGAUAAACUGCAAGGUGCUCCCAGCUAACCACCGGGUUACGUGGGACUCUGCUCAGGUAUUUGACUUGGCUCAAACCCUCCGGGAUGGAGUCCUCCUGUGCCAUCUGCUCAACAACCUCAGACCCCAGACCAUCAACCUGAAGGAGAUCAACCUCCGGCCGCAAAUGUCACAGUUCCUGUGCCUGAAAAACAUCAGGACUUUCCUGGCAGCGUGCAGCGACGUCUUUGGCAUGAAGAAAAGCGAGCUCUUUGAGGCCUUUGACCUUUUUGACGUCAGGGACUUUGGAAAGGUUAUGGACACACUUUCUAAACUCUCCCACACUGUGAUUGUACAACAGACUGGAAUCAGGCCCUUUCCAACAGAGGACAGUGUUGAAGACGAGGACAUCUACAACCACCUGGAGGACCUCAUAGAUGAGAAUGGAGUGGAGGAUGAGGAGGACCUUUAUGACUGUGUGUACGAUGACGAAGAAGGCGGCGAGAUCUACGAGGACCUGAUGAAGACAGAAGCUGUCCCUCCUCCGGCGUUCCAGAAGCAAGCAGAGACUGACAUCAGGAGUUGCUGCUUGACAGAGAUCAAGCAGACAGAGGAGAAAUACACUGAGACCCUGGAGUCUAUAGAGAAGCACUUUAUGAUUCCCCUCAACACGUUCUUGUCCCCAGCUGAGAUGGAGAAGGUGUUUGUGAAUAUUCCGGACCUGGUUAAAGUCCACAAGUGUUUACUGCUGGAAAUCCAAGAUUCAGUCCACCACAGAAGUGCCCAGAACCUUUACCAGAUCUUCAUCACUUUCAAAGAGAGGUUGUUGAUCUAUGGGAAAUACUGCAGCCAUGUGGAGACAGCCAUCGCCACCCUCGAUGACAUCAGCAAAAACAGAGAAGACGUACGCAUGAAGCUAGAGGAAUGCUCAAAAAGAGCCAACUAUGGCAAGUUCACACUGAGAGAUCUACUAGUGGUUCCUAUGCAGCGAGUGUUGAAGUACCACCUCCUCCUGCAGGAGCUUGUGAAACACACCCACGAUGGCACUGAGAAGACGAAUUUACGGACCGCCUUAGAUGCAAUGAAGGAUUUGGCGCAGUAUGUUAACGAAGUCAAGAGGGACAACGAGACAUUGCGAGAAAUAGAUCAGUACCAGAAAUCCAUUGAAAAUCUGAAUCAGCGUCUGAGUAACUACGGGAGACCCAAAGUUGACGGGGAAGUACGGGUGGCCUCGGUGGACAAACGAGCCAAGCAGGACAGGCACAUCUUCCUGUUUGACGCUGCGGUCAUUGUUUGUAAGCGGCGAGGAGACAACUACGAGAUGAAAGAAGUGAUCGACUUGCACCUCUUCAAAGUCACCAACAAUCCCACGUCGGACAAAGAGAACCGAAAGUGGUCCUACGGAUUCUACCUCACUCAUAACCAGGGCCAGAGCGGCUUUGAGUUCUUUUUCAAGACCAAAGACCUGAAAAAGAAGUGGUUGGAACAGUUCAGCAUGGCCAUAUCCAACAUUCGGCCAGAGAAUGCGACCAACAACCACCAUGAAUUUCGUAUGCACACCUUUGAAAGAAUCACCUCCUGCAAUUCUUGCCACAUGCUGCUUAGGGGCGUCUUUUACCAGGGCUACUGGUGCUCCAAGUGUGGUCUAGGUGCCCAUAAAGAAUGCCUGGGCCGUUUCGGCUGCUGUGGAAAAACAGAUUUUUUUUUCGAGUUAAAAUCAUUUCUGACUGAAGACGCAUUAAAAUCAAUAGGUCUGCCCAAGAUGCUGGUAAUCAGGAACUACUUUGGAUCGCCAAGUCCCGCUUCAGGCCCAGCGCUCCACAUCCAGACGGGUGACAUCAUUGAAUUAAUCUGCGCCGACAUUCACAGCCCCUGGUGGCAGGGCAAAAUCCUGUCAACCAAAGAGGUUGGCUUCUUUCCAAGCGAUGCUGUGAAGCCUUGCCCCUGCGUCCCAAAGCCCGUCGAUUAUUCCUCUCAACCUUGGUUUGCAGGCCCUAUGGAGAGGCUGCAGGCAGAGGCGGAGCUUAUCAACAGAGUCAACAGCACCUACCUGGUGCGCCAUCGCAGCAGAGAGUACACAGAGUACGCCAUCAGCAUUAAGUACAACAACGAUGUGAAGCACAUAAAGAUCCUGACCAAGGAGGGCUCCUUCUACAUUGCAGAGAACAAAAAGUUCAGGAGCAUAGUAGAGCUGAUUGAGUACUACAAACAUCACUCCCUGAGAGAAGGCUUUAGGAGUCUAGACACCACGCUGCAGUUUCCUUACCGAGAAACAGAGAACGCUGCUAUGCACCGCUUCAACCGAUCCGGUGGCAACAUGUUCACCCCCAAAGUGAUCGGUGUGGCAAUAGCGCGGUACGACUUCAGCUCACGCGACACCCGGGAGCUCUCUCUGCAGGAGGGAGACGUGGUUAAGAUCUACACCAAGUCGGGAGCUAAUGGCUGGUGGAGGGGCGAGGUCAACGGCAGGGUGGGCUGGUUUCCAUCCACAUACGUUGAAGAGUGCGAGGAGUGAAAGGGCCCGCGUGAGGGGAAAAAAGAGGAAGGUAAAAGAAGAAGGGCAGCGGUGGAGUAAGCAAACCGAUCUCAUGACAGUGACUGAGUGAGCUUUUGCACCCCCGUCUGCUCGCGCGUUACUUUUCAGAGUGAAGCAGACGGCUUCGCUCACCUCCACGGUGCCCUGUUGCCUAAAACCAUCCCGGAAGCCUUUGGGAGAGGAAAGGGCUAUAGCACGCUGCAGAUGCAGAGAUGCACAGUCAUUUCUGCUUGACUCUGUGUGGCUAAGCGACUCCACCGACUAGCAGCUUGCCUGUCAGCGGGGCACAGGUCUUCGCCAGACACCCCCCCCCCCCCCCCCCCCCCCCCCCCUCACUUCAUCCGUCCAUCCAUAAUUCAUCCUCCACUUCCUUCCUCCCUGCCCUAGCCAGCCGCAGCGCCACAACUCCCACCUGUUUCCGCUUGCCAAGUCGUCCGUUGCCUGAACUGUCAGCAGCAGAUACUCAAACGCCGCUCUUCCAUUCAUCCGCUCAUCCAUUCAUCCAUCUACACCCCCCUACCUUAUCGCUCCGUGUGGGAAUAGAGUCAUCUGAGAGUUGGGAGACACUUCAGUUUUUCUUUUUUUCCCCUUUCAUCCUCAUGUCUGAAGGGAUUUCAGUCAGUUUUGACCUUGCCUGCCUGUUUUUUUCCACUAAUGCAGGUGGAUAUUGAUGACUUGAUGACCUAGAUUCAUACACACACACACGCGCGCGCCACCCACCUCUCCUCUCCCUUCAGACUAUUAUCGCCGCACACUUGCACACGCACUCUUCCAGGAGAUGUAAGAGAGGGAUGGUGUCGGAUAGCAUCGCUGCACAGUGCCAGCAAUUGAUCGCUGUUGUUCCUAUUUUCCUUCCACCUCCUACAUUCUUUAUCUCCAGACCAGCCUCUCAUGUUUUUUAGUUGUCUUGGCCGUUAGCGAUCCCCACGCUCUUAUCGGUGGCAGCUCUGUCAACAAGAGCCCAUCCGCCAAGGGUUUAUCUUAUUGGAGGCAUUAGCGGCUCGUCGGGGGUGGUGGUGGCGGUGGAAGGGGGAGGGGACAAACCACGCUACCUGGAAGCCACCUGCUACCUUAGCGCUGAACGGCAGAAAAGAAAAGCACAUACACAGCCCCAGCCUUGUUCUUCCCCAGUUUAUCGUCUCAUCGUUUCUUAGCAUGUUUUGAGCUGUUGUUCCAGUUUCAUCGUGUGCAGGUUUGAUAAACACGGCUGAUUACAAUCCAGAGGCUGCACUGGUCGACCAGGAGAGGCUUUACUACCACCGACACCUGUCUCACAGAAAUGGAUUAGAAAAAUAUAUUAAAAAAAUAUAUUUUAAGUAGUCUAGAAGGACUAACGUCAUCUUUUAGAAACCUUUCUGUCACGCUUAUAUCUGCCUUCCCCCACCGCCCUCACCCCGGUUGUGCACAAUGCCUCCUUAGUAAAAGUAAAAGCGGAUUUUCCCACAUUUGAAGGAAUAAAAACCUUCACAGGGACGCAAGCUGUGCACGCUUUUAAUGUUAACAUCAACGGCAGAAAGGAGAAAGGUGCCAGAGGACACAGAUCCAACAUAGUGCUCAUGCACGGAGGCUGGACAUGGAGGACUCCUCAGUAGCUGGCUUUGUGUAGCUUUGUUUAGCAAUGAAAUAUUUGUUGGCUGUAACCUCAAAUCAUGUCUUUUUUUCUAUUUUUCAAUGUGUACAUACUGAAACUUUUAUUUAAUCGAUGGUUGGUGAUGUCUUUAUCUCACAAUCGCCCUGUCAUAGAGCAGUCCACAUCGCAUGUAUUAUGUAAGGAUGGUCAAAACACUACUUUGAACUAGUCCUUUAAUGUCUAGUAAGUUGUUGUUUGUCUGCAUUUCUUCAUUUUUCCUUACUUUUCCUUACUUAAGCAGCUUAAGUGGAAACUAUGGUGAAAUUCUCUUGUAGACGUUGAGUUAUCAGAGUUUGUAUUGAUUUGACGAGAUGAAAGAAACCAUCGCUCUUCAGCUAACUCGAGAAUCAGCCCGCAGGGCAAUCCUUCCAGUCAGAGCUAGCCCUUCCACUGUCACGUCUGCACUGCGGUGAUGCCACUGAGGAUCAUAUUUUCUGAAUUUAAGUAACGAUUUAUUAUGACGCAAGGCAUUUAUAUACGCUUAAUGGAGCCAUUAUAGUUGAAAGUCAUUAAUAACUCCUUGUCAGUCUCUCCACGCCUUUUAUGAUAUGUAGGAGAAAUGUGUUUUAUAUGCAGACGUUUUCUUAAAGAACUAGACCGAAGGAUCGCGUUGUCAUAUGUUUGUGCCGUCUCCCUGCCUACCCAACACACUUUCCUCUGCUCAUCAACAGUGUCAUUAAGUGACCACUAGAUGGAAGCAUUUUAAACACAGCCUAGCAGCCACUUCUCACUCUGCAAAAGUUUGGGCAUGACAUCAUCUGAUUAGGAGGUGAACGAUAUUAAAGGAAACAGCUGGCAGCAGGCUCAGACGUGCUGCUGCGAGCGUGAGAAACAGAGGAAGCUCUGAAAGACAAGCCCAAAGUAUCAAAGUACAAAAGGAGGGUUGUUUAAACUGCUCCUUGGGCAGAUACCACCAUGACUUUGAUUUUUUAUUUUUUUGACGUGUAUUGAUCAUUUCCGAUGCUCAAGAAACUUCUCGUCAAGUAAGAGCCUUCAGGACCUCCCGCUUUCCAGCGCGACUGCUGUCUCCGAACAGUCAAACAUGAGAUCUGUAACAUCUUUAAGAAAUCGGAGAGUGAGAGAGAGUUGUGCUGCAGAAGGAGCACACCUCUCCCCCGUCUGGGGAGAACUGGAGAGCUGGAGUGGGCUCCUCUAAUCGCAGACUCUGGUAAUCCACUCCUGCUCUCCCUCCUCCACCCAGAUGAACUCUGACAGCGGGGCCAUUUACAGCUGCAGGCUUUCCUCUCCUCCAAGUGUGCCUCCAGAUUUUUUCUUUUCUUUUUUUUUGUGGGCAGGAGGGACGGGAGGAAGGCUCAAGGGUAUCUGUGAUCUAAUCAUUACACCAUCUCCUCACCUCAGCGACCCUGCUGCAUCCAUCUCUCUGUCGGCUCCCCUCUCUCUUGCUCUAUCUCACCGUGUCACUCCCCUCCUCUCUCUCCCACUCGCUCUUUACUGCUCUCUUUCCCCAUCUAUUUUUCAUCCAAUCUUCGUCUCCUCUGUUUCUCUCUGUAUUCCGUCCCUCAACCCGACGCUCUGUAGGCCGUGACCGCCGCUGUGUGUUGGUGGGAGGAGAAUCGGAGAUUCUGUAUUACCGGGCGAGGAGGCAGAGAGGCGGCCUCAAUCGGAAAACAAGCCCAGCAAAAUGAGGACUAGUUUAAUUUUACCGCAAAUUAAUAGGCUGGGAGAAAUGAUGCCAGUUAGAGAAUGAAUUAGAAUUUACUCUCGCUAUUGUGAUCCCCUUGGUGUAUGCACAGAUUAUUUCCGUAUGCACAGGCACAUCCCACGUGGGAAAAUCAUUUUGACUGAAUUCAGGGCUGUGUUGUUGUAUUAACCUGAAACACAACUCAAAUAUGAAGAAAACAUGGAUUUUUUUCCUUUCCUUCUGUUUUUUUUUUAGUCAGUACUUCCUGUGGACUAAAGUUUGCAUUGUCUGUGUUCAUGCUUUUGUUAUUUCAAUGAAGCCAAAGAUGUAUGCUGUACUUACUGUUAUGUCUCAUAACCACGGUACCCAACCGCUGUGGCCUAACUCUAAAACUGUGCAAUCCUGAGUGUGUAGCAUAACCCUAUAUUGUUGCUGUAUUAUACUGUAAAUGAUGUACAUAGCACAUAAUAAAGAUAUACAGUACACAG